AUGGCGGCACCUCUGAACAUCCUCAUCAUCGGCAACAGCAUCGCAGGUCCAACGCUUGCGACCUUCUUGCUGCUCUCCCCCCAUGAUCCCAAACCCCACAUUACCAUUCUUGAGAAACGUUCCCCGGAGUCGUUCAAAGUCCAGUCCGGCCAGAAUAUUGACAUUCGAGGCUCCGGCGUGACCAUUAUCCGCAAGCUGGGGCUCGAGAAAGUCAUCUGCGACUCCACGACGGGCGAGAUCGGCGCGCAGUUCGUCGAUCGGGACAAUCGCGUCUGGGCGCAAGGCGAAGCGGGACCGAGCGGCGGCACGAGCGAUAUCGAAAUCAUGAGGGGACGCCUCGCGGAGAUUAUGUUGGAGAGGUGUCGGGGCGUUAGUGGAGAUGUGCAGAAGCACGGUGGCAAGGGCGUGGAGUUCAUCUUUGGCGAUGGUGUGAGAGAGCUGGAGCAAGAUGGGGAGAAGGUACAUGCGACGUUCCGAAAGAGCGGCGAGCGAAGGACGUACGACUUGGUGGUGGGAGCAGAUGGAUUGCAGAGUGCGACUCGGAAGCUCGUCUGGGGAGCCGAACAAGACCGCGAACGAGUGAAGCGACUGGGGAUGUAUGGCGCCUUCUUCAGCAUACCGAAGAGCGAGGAGACGGAUACUCUCUGGCGAAGGUGGUUCCAUGCGCCCGGCAGACGGGGUGUCAUGUUGCGGCCAGAUUUGCAGAGGCACAGGACGACUCUGUUCAUGUACGUCAUCAACGAGAAAGAUCAGAGACUGGUCGACGUGGCAGGAAAGGGUCACGAAGAAGUGGAUGCACAGAAGGAAUUGAUGGCAGAGUACUUCCAAGAUGCAGGCUGGGAAUGCGACCGGAUCAUACGUGAGAUGAGAGCGACGAAAGACUUCUACUACGACAUGGUCGGGCAGGUGAAGAUGGAAAAGUGGGUAAAAGGCAGAGUGGUCCUGGUUGGAGACGCCGGGUGAGUCUCGUGUGUGAGAAAGCUGAACUUUUUCGUCCCUAACAUUCUUUCUUCACAGCUAUUGCCCUUCUCCCAUCUCAGGCAUGGGCACCACCCUAGCCCUGAACGGAGCCUAUCACCUUGCCGGCGCCCUUAGCCGGCAUCGAAAUGACUGUCUCGCGGCUCUCGACGCCUACGAGAAGCAAAUGCGACCUCUGGUCGACAAGGCGCAGAGAUUGCCUCCCGGAACACCACAUAUCAUGAAUCCAGAGACCGCGUGGGGUAUCUUUGUUAUGCGAGCGGUCUUUGCUUUCAUCUGCUGGACCAGGAUUACUGGGUUACUGGGCUACUUCACCGCAUGGGAGCCGAAGGCUAUUCCCGUCGAGGAAUAUGGGUUUGAGGAGUUGCCGGAGUUGCCAGUGUAA